UUAUUCAGUUUGUGCUGGACGGUUAAACGCGUUGGUAGAUUUCCUCUUUUUCAUUCAAAUUUAUAUAGAAUCAGUGUAUUGGUACAUAUUCUCACCACAAUCAGCGCCCUUGUAGUGAAAAAAAAAAUCUCUCAUUUUAAUCAAUCUUUCGGUUAAAGAUAUCAAAAGAUACAAAUUCUAAAGAUUCCUUCGAAGUGUUUUGUAUUUAAAAUUUUUUUUCUACAAAAUAAGUUUGCACACUCUUCUUCUCCGAACAAACAAAAAAAGAUACCAAAAAUAAAAAAAGAGAAAAUUUAAUCAGGACAUCCCCUAAGCGUUUUGUGCAAAAAAGGAAGUUAAUAAAAUCAAUAACAGCUCCUCCACAUCAGCCAUCCCGCCACAGCCCAACAUUCCAGUAUAGCUACUUUGGUAUCAAUACUGUUUUCGUCGUCGAUAUUCAGAAACUGAAUUAAACUCAACUCAAGACAUAAGAAUCCUCCCUUAAAGGUUUCGACAAAGGAGCAAACAAAAAAACAAGAAAGGAUGUCAUUGAAUAAAAAUGGUCUUACAUUAUCCGAGGAUGAGGUGGACGAAUACUCCGAUGGAUGUGUCAAAUUGAGAAAUCCAAAUAUUGAACUUAUGGACCAGGAUAUUUUAUAUCAUUUGGCUUUGGGAAGUGAGAGUCAUGAUCUCUAUGAAAUGUUCCAUGAUGUUAAGUUCGUUUGCAUGGGAGGCACCCCCCGGCGAAUGGAACAAUUUGCCCAUUUCAUUAUGAAGGAAAUUGAUUACACACUGCCAGUUGGUACACAGUUGCAGGACAUCAGUGAAUUCUCCUACAGAUACUCGAUGUACAAAGUUGGUCCAGUGUUGGCGGUGAGCCAUGGAAUGGGCACUCCAUCGGUCAGUAUCCUGAUGCAUGAGUUGAUCAAAUUGAUGUAUCAUGCCAAGUGCCAGGAUCCUAUAUUUAUUCGUAUUGGGACAUGUGGCGGAGUUGGAGUGGAAGGUGGAACUGUUGUGAUUACAGAAGAUGCAUUAGAUGGACAGUUAAGGAAUAGCCAGGAGUUUUGCAUCCUUGGAAAAGUUGUACACCGUCCAGCCAAACUAGAUAGAAAGGUUGCUCGUGAGCUGAAGGCCUUAGCCAGUGCGGAUGAUCCUUAUGAUACUGUGAUUGGCAAGACUUUGUGUACAAAUGAUUUUUAUGAAGGUCAAGGACGAUUAGAUGGAGCAUUUUGUGAUUAUACGGAAAGUGAUAAGCUGGAGUACUUACAAACUCUACGCUCAAAUGGUGUUGUGAAUAUUGAAAUGGAGAGUACAGUAUUUGCUGCAUUGACAUAUCAUGCAGGCAUUAAGGCAGCUGUGGUGUGUGUUGCCUUGCUAAAUCGAUUAAAUGGCGAUCAGGUCAACUCACCCAAAGAAGUCAUGUUGGAAUGGCAAGAACGACCACAAAUUUUGGUCUCACGUUACAUACGUAAGGUCCUAUCGCAGAAAAUGUUACGAUUAGGUUCUGAUCAUCCGGACUCGAUCAAAUCCCCACGACGAUUGAAAUUAGUACAACAAGAAUCUCAAGCUCAUGAAUAAAUUAAAUAAAACAAAAAGAAAUAUUUCUAUAUAAAUUCUCAUAUAUAAAUACAUACAUAAAACAAAACAAAAAAUUAAUAUUAACCUCAAAAAAAAAAAAAAAAAAAAAUUAA